AUGGUUUCCCAUACCAUACAAGAUCGAACGAACGAGUUCCGCGCAAUCCUCACUCAGGUUCAAAAGCGACAGUCCGCCACAAAAGGAGGUCCUCAACGACAAUCUCUCCUAACAGAAGCACAAAAGAAUGAAGCCAAUGGCGCUCCCCACGGCCCUUCCAAGGGUGCAAGAUCAGAGUUCGCGCGCAAUGCCGCCCAAAUCAGUCGUGGCAUCACGGCCACCAUGGGAAAAUUGGAGAGACUGGCGCAGCUCGCUCGGAGAAAGGCUAUAUUUGACGACCGGCCUGUGGAGAUCUCGGAGCUCACAUAUGUGAUCAAACAAGACCUAGCCAACCUCAAUUCUCAGAUCUCAGCACUGCAACACCUUACGCAGUCACAACAUCCGACUGCUUUCCAGCCUCGAUCCGCAGACCAGGAAGGCCAACACCACAAGAAUGUCGUGUUGAUGCUACAAAAUAAAGUCACCGAUGUGGCUGCCAACUUUAAAGAUGUCUUAGAAGUCCGGACGAAAAACAUCCAAGCUUCAAGGUCAAGGACGGAGAACUUCGUAUCCUCCGUCUCCGCGCGCUCACAAACCCAUCUCGACGACUCGCGAUCAGAGUCACCACUAUAUCAGAACGCUGCCGGUCGUCAAAAGACCCCGCAGGCAUCCUCAAACGAUUUGCUGACGCUAGAGCCGUCCAACACAUCUACUCUAAUGAGGAACGGUGGGCUUUCGGAUCACCAGUUGUUGCUCAUGGAAGAGGCGCAACCCACAAACACGUAUAUUCAAGAGCGCGGACAGGCCAUUGAAGCCAUUGAGCGGACGAUAAAUGAACUCGGAAGUAUUUUUGGUCAGCUUGCGAGCAUGGUCUCGGAACAAGGAGAAAUGCUGCAACGGAUAGAUGCCAACACCGAGGACGUGGUGGACAAUGUUCAAGGGGCGCAGCGGGAGCUGUUGAAGUAUUGGAAUCGUGUGCAAGGAAACCGAUGGCUUGUGGCAAAAAUGUUUGGCGUGCUCAUGAUUUUCUUCCUGCUUUGGGUGCUGAUAUCCGGAUGA